UCGGACCUCGGUCAAUAGUCCACCAGGUAUCUCGCCUCCUCGUAGACCGAGGGGAGGGGGGGAGCGAGGACCUCAGACGUGGAGGUGAGAUUCGGAUUCUGGGCCGUCGGCAGUCAGGUUGUCGAAGUAUCUGGGACCUCCGGAGACCUGCUUGGAAGUUGGGAAAGGCGACUCGGAUGGUGGGACAACUCCCGUGGUGAUUUGGACCUUGGACAACAAUCCAUCAGGUAUCUGGAAGUAUCUCCGGGGACCUGCUUGGCAACAAGGACUCUUGAGGUGAGACAGGCCGUCCCCUUGGACAGUAGCUGCCCGGGGAUAGACAACAGACAAUAGGUGCAGGAGUAGGCCAUUCGGCCCUUCGAGCCAGCAUUGACUGUGAUGAACAAGAGCGGCGAAGGAUGCUGCAACACGUCGGUGGCCGGGGAUGGUUUGGCCUCUCACCAGCUCCCCGUUCUCUGGUUGACAUUGCCGUUCUCCGCCGUGAUCGUGGUGGGCAGCCUGGCCUUGGUGGUGGGGAUAGCAGGCAGCAAGAGGCUUCACAACUCGGCCGGCUGGUUCUUCCUCAGCCUGGCCGUCAGCGACCUGGCCACCGGCCUGGUCUUGCCCUCGGUGCCCGGCCUGAGCUCGGACACCGCUCGGCCCUACUGCCUGUGCUUGCUCACCUACCUGCUGCCCAACUUCGUGGUCCUCUCGCUGCUGGCCAACCUGCUGCUCGUGCACGCCGACCGCUACCUCCACGUCGUGCACCCGCUGCGGGGGCGCGCCUGGCUGCGGGGGCGCGCCUGGGCGGCCCUUCUGGCCGUCUGGCUGCUACCCCUCUCCUUCGCUUGCUUGCCCCUGCUGGGUUGGAACAGCUGGCCGGCCCAGCUCACCGGCCACUGCUGCUGCCAAUCCGGGCACGUAUUCUCAUCUGCGUACAUCUACCUGGAGGUGUACGGGGUGUUAAUGCCGUCUAUACUGGCCAUGGGAGCGUCCACCGCCGCCCUCCACCGCCUGGCCCGCGGGCAGAUGAGACGCAUCCAACGGCAGCACCGGGCAGUGCAAUCCGGCCCCACCAUCUCUCCCCUGGAACAAGAACUGAACCUCAGGUACACCAGGAGUGUGGCCGGCUCCUUGUUGAUCUUCACCUGCUGCUGGCUGCCUUACAUCGCCCACCUACACGGCCGCUUCCUGGGUGCCCGAGCCCACAUUGUCCUCUCCUGUCUGGGCAUCGCCAGCGCCGCCCUGGUGCCCUUCGCCCUGGCCCUGGGCAACAAGGACUACCUCCAAACCUGGGCCAGGGUCCGGGCCAAACUCUGCCGGCGUGCAGGUGACCCCCAAGGGUGGCCAUAGACCCUCAUCUAGCCGCUACCCAGUCUCCCGGGUUAACUGGAGAUGGAGAUGGAGCUGGAGACGAACAAAUGCACAAUAGACAAUAGACAAUAGGUGCAGGAGUAGGCCAUUCGGCCCUUCGAGCCAGCACCGCCAUUCAAGUCCAGAACCAGGGGCCACACAAUCUUAGAACAAAGGGGAGGUCAUUUAAGACUGAGGUGAGAAAAAACUUUUUCACCCAGAGAGUUGUGAAUUUGUGGAAUUCCCUGCCACAGGUGGCAGUGGAGGCCAAGUCACUGGAUGGAUUUAAGAGAGAGUUAGAUAGAGCUCUAGGGGCUAGUGGAGUCAAGGGAUAUGGGGAGAAGGCAGGCACGGGUUAUUGAUUGGGGACGAUCAGCCACGGUGUUGGCUCGAAGGGGCGAAUGGCCUCCUCCUGCACCUAGUUUCUAUGUUUCUAUGUUUCCAUGUUCAAUGUGAUCACGGCUGAUCAUCCACAAUCAGUACCCCGUGUUCCUGCCUUCUCCCCAUAUCCCCUGACUGCUAUUUUUAAGAGCCCUCUCUAACUCUCUCUUGAAAGUAUCCAGAGAAAGUAUCCAGCCACGGGUUAUGGGGAGAAGGCAGGAGAAUGGGGUUGAAGGCAGAAAGAUACAUUAGACACUAGCCAACAGGUGCAGGAGUAGGCCAUUCGGUCCUUCCAGCCAGUACCGCCAUUCAAUGUGAUCAUGGCUGAUCAUCCACUAUCAGUACCCCGUUCCUGCCUUCUCCCCACAUCCCCUGACUCCACUACCUUUAAGAGCCCUAUCUAGCUCUCUCUUGAAAGUAUCCAGAGAACCGGCCUCCACCGCCCUCUGAGGCAGAGAAUUCCACAGACUCGCAAUUCUCUGUGAGAAAAAGUGUUUCCUCGUCUCCGUUCUAAAUGGCUUACCCCUUAUUCUUUUUUUACUGUAAGUUAUUUUUAUUUAUUGUGACUUAAUUUGCUCUGAAUUGGAUGCGAGUGGACUCUUUAAUAUGCAGGCUGAAUUUUCUCGUUGCAUUUGGACAGUUUCGAGUUUUGAGGCGGUUUUGAAUUGUCCCUGAGUCAAGGAACGAAGACUGUGAAUUGGUGUUUUUGGGUCAAUACUACUUCAUUAACUGAAUAAAACUCUUUACGUCUCUGACUUGCUUUCACCUUAUUGAAAUAGAAUCGCAGGCCGGCACGGCGGCGCAGCGGGUAGAGCUGCUGCCUCACAUCGCCGGAGACCCAGGUUUGAUCCUGACCUCGAGUGCUGUCUGUACGGAGUUUGCAUGUUCUCCCCGUGACCUGCGUGGGUUUUCUCCGGGUGCUCCGGUUUCAACAGACAAUCGACAAUAGGUGCAGGAGAAGGCCAUUCAGCCAUGAUCAUAUUGAAUGGCGGUGCAGGCUAGAAGGGCCGAAUGGCCUCUACUCCUGCACAUAUUUUCUAUGUUUCCAUUUGGUCCUUCGAGCCAGCACCGCCAUUCAAGUCCAGAACCAGGGGCCACACAAUCUUAGAAUAAAGGGGAGGUCAUUUAAGACUGAGGUGAGAAAAAACUUUUUCACCCAGAGAGUUGUGAAAUUGUGGAAUUCCCUGCCACAGAGGGCAGUGGAGGCCAAGUCACUGGAUGGAUUUAAGAGAGAGUUAGAUAGAUCUCUGGUGGAGUCAAGGGAUAUGGGGAGAAGGCAGGCACGGGUUAUUGAUUGGGGACGAUCAGCCAUGAUGCAGGCUCGAAGGGCCGAAUGGCCUCUACUCCUGCACCUAUUUUCUAUGUUUCUAUUCGGUCCUUCGAGCCAGCACCGCCAUUCAAUGUGAUCAUGGCUGAUCAUCCCCAAUCAGUACCCCGUUCCUGCCUUCUCCCCAUAUCCCCUGAUUCCGCUAUCUUUAAGAGCCCUAUCUAGCUCUCUCUUGAAAGUAUCCAGAGAACCGGCCUCCACCGCCCUCUGACAGAGAAUUCCACAGACUCACCACUCUCUGUGAGAAAAAGUGUUUCCUCGUCUCCGUUCUAAAUGGCUUACCCCUUAUUCUUAAACUGUGUGUGGCCCCUGGUUCUGGACUCCCCCAACAUCGGGAACAUGUUUCCUGCCUCUAGCGUGUCCAAACCCUUAAUAAACGUCACCUAUCCAUGUUCUCCACAGAUGCUGCCUGACCCGCUGAGUUACUCCAGCACUCUGUGGCCAAUAUGUGUUCACCGUCUCCCUCUGCUGGCCACCCAGAGGGCUGCAGAUAGCGGCUAAAGUCCACUUGACCAGAUACUGACACACGUGUAACAGGGUGGACCUUAACUAACCAUCUGUUACUGAUGGGACCAGCGGGGAACAUCAGGAGUUGACCCUGAAUUCCAUUCUCUGUCGUUUUCACAUCUUACCCUUCCAUAUCUCUGUGUCUUUCUCUCCCUUGACUCCAAGUCUGAAGAAGGGUCUCAACCCGAAACAUCACCCAUUCCUUCUCUCCAGAGAUGCUGCCUGUCCCGCUGAGUUACUCCAGCAUUUUAACCAUAUAACCAUAUCACAAUUACAGCACGGAAACAGGCCAUCUCGGCCCUACAAGCCCGUGCCGAACAACGUUUUUCCCUUAGUCCCACCUGCCUGCACUCAUACCAUAACCCUCCAUUCCCUUCUCAUCCAUAUGCCUAUCCAAUUUAUUUUUAAAUGAAACCAACGAACCUGCCUCCACCACUUCCACUGGAAGCUCAUUCCACACCGCUACCACUCUCUGUGUAAAGAUGUUCCCCCUCAUGUUACCCCUAAACUUCUGUCCCUUAAUUCUGAAGUCGUCCUCUUGUUUGAAUCUUCCCUAUUCUCAAAGGGAAAAGCUGGUCCACAUCAACUCUGUCUAUCCCUCUCAUCAUUUUAAAGACCUCUAUCAAGUCCCCCCUUAACCUUCUGCGCUCCAGAGAAUAAAGACCUAACUUGUUCAACCUUUCUCUGUAACUUAGUUGUUGAAACCCAGGCAACAUUCUAGUAAAUCUCCUCUGUACUCUCUCUAUUUUGUUGACAUCCUUCCUUUAAUUGGGCGAACAAAAUUGUACACCAUACUCCAGAAUUGGUCUCACCAAUGCCUUGUACCAGUGUCUAUCUUCGGUGAAAUCUGGCUCCUGUGUGACAUUCAUGAGACAAGAUAUCAAGUUUCACAUCUACUGGGCAAUGAAAUUCUUACUUGCCGCAGCGGGUAGAGCUGCUGCCUCACAGCGCCAGAGACCCGGGUUCCAUCCUGACUACC